CUGUCAAAAGAAUCCUCAAUACCAAUGCAUUGACAGGAGCAUCUGUAUUUCUUCACCCUUACAGGUGAGUGAAGGACAGAGUAAAAAUUGUUUAUAGGCUUCAUUUUUCUUCCUGUGUUUUCAAGGUGUAUAAUUUUUCAGCUAAUUCAAGGAAGUUUUCUUUCCAAGAUUAUGUCUAAAUGGACAGGAAAAUUAUGGGGAGAUGAAAGUUGCUAUGGUAUAUUUAAUCCAUGACCAGAACUGAGUGGUAACAAAAAAAAAUCCUUGAAUUUGCAAGAACUUUAUUAUGGGAGCCACCUUCUCCCCCAUGGCACAGUUACACCUCGGGCACAGUCAUGCUCACGAUCUGCACACAAGAAAUAGAAGUGCCAGACUGGCAGGGAGGAAUUCCUCCACUUCAGCAGCCAUUUCGUGCCCAGUUGUAGGGAAAUGUUAUAUAAUAUCAAACUGACAAUUAAAAAUAUUUCUCCCUUUCUAUUUUAACUUGUGAGCCUUCUCUCAUUUUUUUUUCUAUACAGCUUAAUAAAGAAAUAAAAAGUCAUCAGUUGAAUUUAAUGUUGACCUCCAUUAUUGGUAUAUACAUAAGUUCCUCUGUUACAAUGUGUGAUUUCUGUCACUGAAGUCACAAUUUACUCUUAGUUAGAAAGAUAAGCAGCAAACUUUAUGAGUGGAAUAGGAUGUAAAAGUGGGAUUGGAGCAAUGAAGAAAGCAGAAACUCUCAGGGGAGGAAUGCAGAAAAGGCACUGCCAAGUUGGAUCCUGGAUCUAAAGCCUCCCCUAAGGAAAGUGCUUCAUCUGCAAUCAUCAGUACUAAAUAGGCUUUCUUUAAAGGCACAUUUCAGGUUCUGAGGGGAACUUAUUCCUUAGAUGCUUCUGUAGUCAGACAAUCAAGCAGAGAGAAGGAACUUCACCUGCAGUUACAUCUCUGCUAGUAAAUUAUACAGGUUCAGGAAACAAUUCUUGGCACAGGAACUGAAUUGUUGAAUUGUUAGAAAAAUCAUGUUUUGGACUGGACAAACUCCCCCUACCCCAGUUCUCAAGCAUGUUUUGGAAACUGGCAUAAGUUUGUGCAUAUUCUCAACUGGAAUUCUUCAUGGGAAUUUGCUAUUCUGGGAGUUGAGAGAGUCCAGAGGCACAAAUCAAGAUAAUGCUAAGCCAUUUCUUCUUUAUACCAGAGUUGUUCUACAAAAUGUAAUUACAUGUGCUUGCAUUCAUGUGGUUUACAGGGCUGAUUCUAAGUGAUAAAAUAAAUGAGAAAAAGACCAUAAUCUCUUUUUAGUUCUAGAAUUGGUACAGUAAGGGGACAUAACCUCUUGAAGUCAGAUCCUCAAAUAGUGGCCAACUUUUGCUCAAAUGUGGGAGAAGUCCUGAUAUUUCACGAAGUCAAGCUAGUGGAUGAUUGAUAUAGAAAUACUGAUAAAAGGAUGUUUUAAAGCCUUUAUUUUAAAGCCUAUAUUUAAUAUUCAAUUUUAAAGCCUACAUUUUAUCUUGCUUCAAUUUUGAAGACUAGAACUUAAAUGAAGUAAUCAGAAUUGUUUGUGUUAUGUGUUACUCUGUGUCACAGCACUGACAAUCCCAAUGACAAAAUGGAUAUCCAAUGGUUAUGAGGUCCUGUUGUGAGUAACUUAACAAAGUUAAGGUUACUUCAGUGAAGAUUAUGGACUAUGUGACAACUGUCUGGCUACUGAAAUGUAGGACUCCUUAUCUAGUCUUAGGUUGUACAUGAAGCAAAAACUACAUUAGUAAAGAUAGAAAUCUAACAUUCUUGUCUUCUCUAGAUUUUUUUUUAUAGUACCACAAAAGUUUUGGAUGAACCACUGAAGCAAGAAAAGUGUUUUCUUCUUAAAGGCUCUGGUGAAGAUUUGUAGUGAAGAUUUCAAGAUUGAGACAACCUGAACCUUUGUAUCAUAGAUUUUUUACUGUGGAAUUUCUGGAGGUUUUUUUUCAUGUUUGCAUGCAGAUGAGUAUUACUGUAUGUAUAAAAGCACCUAUUAAACCGUGUUUUAAAUUGUUUAAAUUAAUACAUAAAGUAAAUCCAACUUAAUUCCCCAUAAAUGUACUUUGUGUAAUCCUGUGAAGUAUUAUAAACUGGCUAUAACAUGUUACCCUCUCAAAACAGUCUAAAAAUUGUCACAAUGUGUCUAUACAGUAACAGAUGGAAUACUAUCCAGUCAUGUUAUUAUAAAUGUAACAGUAGUGCGAAGCUCACACCUGCUACAUAAUGUCAGUUAUUAGCUAAUAAUUAAACUUUGUGGGAGCUGGAGUUGCCAUCCAUGGUCAGGUGUUUUGUAUUUCUUGUUAUUCAGUUGGACAAGCAGCUCCUCAAGAGAAUCCACAAGGAGCACAGAAGGGGGAAGCAGCUGUAGGCUCAGUGUCAGUUUCAAAGCAGCCAUACAGGGCUAUAGCAGCCAUACAGCUUUUAAUUAUUUUCACAUUAUUCCUGAAUUUGGUUCAUCUAAUAGGGCCACACUCCCUGCAGAAAUUUGCUUCCACUGGGGACUGCUGUGGUGGAUAGAUUUUAGCUCAGGUAGUUUUGUUCCCACCCCAAUCCUCCCCUCCCACCAUGUGAACAUGAUUAAGGCAGUGCCUCAGGCUUCAGUACUCAGCUGUUUAAAAUUGGAGAUUGUGCUGCCAAUAAAAGGCUCCCUCACUGAAUAACUGCCCUGUAGUUCUGUUAGGAAAAGGGGAUGGGUAGGGGUGUAUAGUCCUACAAUCCCAGUGUUUGUAUGUGCUGGGUUUGCUGUAGAGGUUGAGAUCAUCAGUAGGGAAGGAGUUGUGUUUUGUGCAGCUUGAGAACUGAGAGGAGAACCUCAGCUGCCUUCAGACAAAGUGCCUCGUGUUGACCCUCGUCUGUCUUGGGUGGUAAACCAGAUUUUGCCUACUGGAAGAAUGCAGUGAAACUGCCAGUAUUUCUAGCCGGAAUUAUUAAUUUAAUAUUCAACUUUAGUGUUACUAGUUUCUUACUAAAUAGUACCUCAAAGUAGAAGAAAAAUGUAUGGAAGUGCAAGAACAAUCAGCAACUUGGAAGGAAGUCCCUCCAGGUCCCCUCGCCUGCCACGGUCCCCUCGCCUGGGCCACAGGAGAACCAGCAGCGGGGGAGGAGGGGGCACAGGGAAGACGUUGUCCAUGGAGAACAUCCAGUCCCUUAACGCAGCCUAUGCAACCUCUGGACCAAUGUACCUGAGUGACCACGAGGGUGUAGCUUCUACUACUUUCCCAAAGGGCACAAUGACUCUUGGAAGGGCUACAAAUCGAGCUGUGUAUGGUGGCCGAGUCACAGCCAUGGGGAGCAGCCCCAACAUCGCUUCUGCUGGACUGUCACACACAGAUGUGCUCUCUUACACUGACCAGCACGGAGGGCUGACCACAUCCUCACACCACCACCACCACCAGGUUCCUUCCAUGCUGAGACAGGUUAGGGAUAGCACCAUGUUAGAUCUGCAGGCUCAGCUUAAGGAUCUACAGAGGGAGAAUGACCUUCUCAGAAAAGAACUAGACAUCAAGGACAGCAAGCUGGGGUCCUCUAUGAACAGCAUCAAAACUUUCUGGAGUCCUGAGCUAAAGAAAGAGAGAGUAUUGAGGAAAGAGGAAGCAGCCAGAAUGUCAGUUCUUAAAGAACAGAUGAGAGUUUCCCAUGAAGAAAAUCAGUUUUUGGAUGCCAGAAGAACAAAGCAUCUGCAAAUGACAAUCCAGGCACUUCAAGAUGAGCUUAGAACCCAGAGAGAUCUUAACCAUCUUCUCCAGCAAGAAAGUGGGAACCGAGGGGCUGAGCAUUUUACCAUUGAGCUCACGGAGGAGAAUUUUCGAAGACUUCAGGCAGAACAUGAUAGACAAGCUAAAGAGCUCUUCCUGUUAAGAAAAACUCUAGAAGAAAUGGAGCUUAGGAUUGAAACACAAAAGCAAACACUAAAUGCCAGAGAUGAAUCAAUAAAAAAGCUUCUAGAGAUGUUGCAAAGUAAAGGUUUGCCUUCUAAAGGAAUGGAAGAUGACAAUGAGAGAACUCGAAGGAUGGCAGAGGCUGAAUCUCAGGUUAAUCAUUUAGAAGUGAUUUUAGAUCAGAAGGAGAAGGAAAACAUGCAUCUUAGAGAGGAAUUGCAUAGAAGAACCCAACUUCAGCCUGAGCCAGCAAAGACGAAGGCUCUGCAAACAGUCAUCGAGAUGAAGGAUACAAAAAUAGCUUCACUUGAGCGCAAUAUAAGAGAUCUUGAAGAUGAAAUACAGAUGUUAAAGACAAAUGGAGUUCUGAAUACAGAGGACCGAGAAGAAGAAAUCAAACAAAUAGAAGUUUACAAGAGUCACUCAAAGUUCAUGAAAAAUAAGAUUGAUCAACUGAAACAAGAACUCUCAAAGAAAGAAUCAGAACUUCUUGCCUUACAAACUAAGCUUGAAACCCUUAGCAAUCAGAAUUCAGAUUGCAAGCAACACAUUGAAGUGCUUAAAGAGUCCCUUACUGCCAAAGAACAGAGAGCUGCCAUACUUCAGACAGAGGUUGAUGCCUUGCGGUUACGGUUAGAAGAAAAAGAAACCUUUCUGAAUAAAAAAACAAAACAACUUCAAGACCUCACAGAAGAGAAGGGAACCCUUGCUGGAGAAAUUCGAGAUAUGAAAGACAUGUUGGAAGUAAAAGAAAGAAAAAUUAAUGUCCUUCAGAAAAAGAUUGAAAAUCUACAGGAGCAACUUAGGGACAAAGACAAACAGCUAACAAAUCUAAAAGACAGAGUGAAGUCGCUGCAGACAGAUUCCAGUAAUACAGACACAGCACUGGCAACCUUAGAGGAAGCUCUGUCAGAAAAGGAAAGAAUAAUAGAGCGUCUGAAGGAGCAAAGGGAUCGAGAUGACAGAGAAAGACUUGAAGAAAUUGAAUCUUAUAAAAAAGAAAACAAGGACCUGAAGGAGAAAGUUAAUGCUUUACAAGCUGAACUGACAGAAAAAGAGUCUAGUUUAAUCGAUCUCAAAGAACAUGCAUCUUCAUUGGCAUCAGCAGGGCUGAAAAGAGACUCCAAACUUAAGUCUUUAGAAAUAGCCAUAGAACAAAAGAAAGAAGAGUGUAGUAAGUUGGAAGCACAGUUGAAAAAGCAAGCUGAGCAGUUGUUCAAUCAGAUGUACAAUCCAAUGCCAAUUAGGAAUAAUGGGAAGCAAGGGGCUCACGAAGCUGAAGAGGAGGCACGGAUGAAUCCAGAAUUUGCAGACAGAAUGAAACAGCUUGACAAGGAGGCAUCGUACUAUAGAGAAGAAUGUGGCAAAGCUCAGGCUGAGGUUGACAGACUUCUAGAAAUACUCAAGGAAGUAGAGAAUGAGAAGAAUGACAAAGAUAAGAAAAUUGCUGAGUUAGAAAGCUUGACUUCCAGACAUAUGAAGGACCAAAACAAGAAGGUUGCCAACCUGAAGCACAAUCAGCAGUUGGAGAAAAAGAAGAAUGCACAGUUGUUGGAAGAAGUUCGUAGGCGAGAGGACAAUAUGACUGACAACUCUCAACAUUUACAAGUAGAAGAGCUGAUGAAUGCAUUGGAGAAGACUAGACAAGAAUUAGAUUCUACCAAAGCCCGUCUUGCCUCAACACAGCAGUCUUUGGCUGAAAAAGAAGCGCAUCUGGCUAACCUGAGAAUAGAGCGAAGGAAACAACUUGAAGAAAUUCUAGAAAUGAAACAGGAAGCUUUGCUUGCUGCAAUUAGUGAAAAAGAUGCAAAUAUUGCCUUGCUUGAGCUGUCUGCUUCAAAGAAAAAGAAGACUCAAGAUGAAGUAAUGGCUCUUAAACGAGAGAAGGACAGAUUAGUACAUCAGCUAAAACAGCAGACACAAAACAGAAUGAAGCUGAUGGCAGAUAACUAUGAUGAUGACCAUCACCACUACCACCACCACCACCAUCACCACCACCAUCGCUCUCCUGGGAGGACACAACACAACCACAGACCCUCUCCAGAUCAGGAUGAUGAGGAGGGUAUAUGGGCAUAGCCGCUCCUGUAAACCAAAGUUCCAGUUUUGUUUUGAGGGACAUCUAUAAAAAGCUAAUUGUGAACAUGAAGAAAACAAGAGACCCAAUGAGAAUGAACAUGAGGAAUAUAUUUUAUGUUGGAGAGGAAAAUAGAAUAGAAACAAUUUAAUAUUAAAAGUAUUUGAACUGCAGGAAUGUGGGUUUCUAGAAAAAAAAUCUUCACCUUACUAUUUUGUACUUUGUGUAUUUGUCAUAAUUUGUAGCUAUAGAGUUUAAAUUAUUUAAACUGUGACUGCAUUUCCGUUGCAACAUGGAACAUGUUUAUGAACCAAAGCAUGUUUUUGCCCUUCUAGAGACUCAAAACUACAUUUGAUUUGGUUUAAGAAAACCUGUGUGUAUAGAAUACAAUGAUUUUGAAAGCUGGCUGACAAGAGACAGAGGGAAUAUUUAUUUAGCAUUUAUUAGUGCAGUGUAAAAUAGAUUAUAUGCUUUUGAAUUGUACAUGAUUUUUCUUUAAGAGGGUUUUUUUCUUACCAAAAAACAUAAGUGCCUGAUAUAUCAAAACAUUUAGCUUCAGAUCUUGUUUUGUUCCAAGACUAAUGGUUAUGAUUGAUUUAUUCAACCAAAGUUUUCCUGGAGGCCAUGAGGUAGGACUCUGCCUCAGUAAAGAUAGUUCAGGCUGGGUCUCUAAUUAUGUUUAAAACGUAAAGUUAGUUUUAAAAAAAGUCCCUUUAAACUUCAGGAUGAGAAAGUGCUGUUAGUUUACAGAGAGCCUGCAAGGUGUCCAUGGAAAUCCCCCUGGCCAGCCCUUUUAGCAGCCAAUGUAGCUGCAGUGCUCGAGUCUUGUUAGAAACAGGAUCUCUUCCCCUCUCCUCACCCUUACAGAGGAAAAAAAAAAGAAAGCAAAUCAUGAGGUGAUGAUAACUUUUAAGAAUUAAGCCUGUAUAGCAAUCUGUCAUGGGUAACUGAAGCCAUGUGACCCUCAGAAAAUGUUUUGUGGUGCAGGUAGAACACAAGUGCUUGUUUUCCCUUUCCAGUUCCAACCACUGAAGUGCAGCAGACGCUGGAAAAACAGUUCAGGCUUAGCCACAAGCUGUCCAUGUGUGUGAGAGAGCUCAGCACAAAACCUGCUUGUACAGUAUUUUGUUUGUACAGUACUGUAGACUGCCUUCUGUGUCAGAUGUGAAGUAGAUUGGAUGUUUGGACAAAUUUAUUGUCUGUGACAUCCUCAGAGCAGGGUUACCUUCACAUGUGAAACAGAGACUGACUGAAGCCUGUGCCUGGCAGCAGCUGAUGGCUAGUGCUUCUGAAAAUAGGAUAUUAAAGCUAAACUGCUAAAUUUGGUUUUAGGAGCAGCCCAUAAAAUUUGUAAAUUUAAAAUUUAGCCUUGGUAGACAGUGGGUAGGCAUUCUUCACAAGGCAUCAGUGCCAUUCAGUAAAAAAACUCCUUCAAAACAGAAAUUGUCUGCAAUGUGUAUGAAAGAAUAAUGCUCAGGAAAUACUCACUGUUCAAACUACUGGAUGUGUUUCAUAUGCUUCAGGGAGGAGGAGGAGAAGGCUAUUAUAAAACAAAUGUGGUGCCUAGAUUUGUCUUUGCUGAGAUGUGGUGAACAGUUCUCUUUCAAGAUGUGCUUGCUAAAACUAGCAGUACAAAGCAGAACACAAUUUGGUCAUGUUGCUAUAUAUGGAUAUGCUUAAAGGCACUAACUAUUAGCUAUUGUUCUGCUUUUUGUUUUCAUUAUUUGAAGUUAGGACUUUUGUAAAUAAUUUAUUUUUCUUUUUGUUUGGCUUGUUUUGGAAAAAAACAUGCUAGCUUUGAAAUGAGCAUCAGUAGCAUGCUAGACAAGGGAAAAAUAAGGAGCAUGACAGUUUGCAGCAUUCAUUUUCAUUUUCUCACUGAGUGUGUGAAUACCAGCUCUAUGCUUAAUUAGAUAAAUGGGUGUUGCUGCAUUGACUGGAGCCCAAGGGCAAUUUGGAUUUGUGAAUUUUUAGGCAUGAUUGUUGUUUUACUGUAACUUAGUUUUUACUAAACAAAAGGAGGAAACUCCCAAACAAUGUUUGUUUUCCAAAGCAUAGACAGAUUUGUGUCUAGUCUUUAUUCCUGUUAAAAUACUUCUGUUCUUAAUGGAAGACAUUUAUAUAUUUUAUUUUUAUUGGGACAUUUUAUAUUAGUUAAAAAAUUACUUUUCUUUUAUUCCCAAAGAUUUCAGUACUACUGCUAGUAUUUUUAGAUAUUAAUUGCUCACUGCUGAAGACAGAGGGUUUUCAUUAAAAGUAGAGAUUUGUUUAGCUGUAUGUAUUUGGUUAUUUUUUUAAUUGAUUAUAUGCUGGCAAAAUGUCAAUCACUUGACAUGAGAGUUAAGGCUGGAAGUUGAACCCCUGGGCCUGUUAGAGUUGGUGAAAGCCCUGUUAUUUCUUUCAGUGCUGUCCAGUUUUUACUCAGAGCAGUUUCUUCCUUUUGAUUGUUCUAUUCAUUGUACACAUAUAGAGUAUUCAUUGCACCUGUGCAUAUAUACAAAUGUAUUCUCAAAAUUAUUUGUAUGAACUAGAUGUUCUUUGACAGGCAUUUAUCUAAUCUUAAACUUUGUGUUUAUGAAGCACCAAAUCAUACUCAUGUGUAACUGUAGAAAUGAGUUAUAUAAAUUCAAUGGGUUUUUGUCUCUUCCUUGUAUUUUAGCUCUAUGAGGCCAUUCUGCCUGAACUUUGGUCUCAGCUUUUUCACUGCAGGUGCAGAGGGUGUACAAAAAAGAGAAAAUAUAGCUGAUGAGCUAAACUUUAAAGCUUUUGAUGUAGUCAGUCUGAAGACAACAAUCACAGGGCCUACUAUCAUCAUCAGUCGUGCUCUUUUAUAAUCUUCCAUAGUAAAAAUAAAUAACAUACCAGAGCAGUUUUAAACACUGUAGAAAGUGAGAAAAGGCUGUAUGUGUUUUCACAGCUUUCAUCUUUGUUUUGAAAUACUAUAGUUGCUGUAAAUUGGAAUAGUUAAUUACUGAUUUCACACAAGUAAUAAAAUCAUCUACCUGUUGUUUAAAAUCUGAAGCUGUCGACAUCUUGAAAAAAGUAGCAAAAAUCUGCUCUAAAGAUAUGAUUUCGGUGAUGAAUUGCAUUGUGUUGGAUUUCACAUCUACAAAUUACCAUGAGAAUGUGUGAAAUUACUGUUAUUUUAUUUGUCUUGAAAAUGGUUUCAAAGGGUUUUUAGUGAAUAUUACAGUAUGUCAAUGUGGGACUGCCUGCAGAUCAUUCUGGUUGGAAGGUCCUGGUUUGUUUGGAAGCAAAAAUACCUCCCGACCUAAUUAAAGGUCAUAUGACAUAAACUUUUGAAUGUAAGAUUUUACAAUUGAACACUAAAAGAUUAAAAACCCACAAUUUUGAAUAAAUAAGAUUUGAAUAAA